AUGGAAAUUGUUACUUCAUCUGUUAGUUCAAUUUCUGAAAUUAUUUUCACCCGCUUGUUUGAUGCAGCAGGACGUCAGAUUGGCUACCUGCUUAAAUACAAUGACAACAUCGAAACUUUACAAAAGCAAGCUCAGAAACUCAAGGCUACCAGAGACAGCAUGCAAAUGAGAAUUGAUGCUGCUGAAAGAAACAGAGAAAUUAUCUUACCUGAUGUCCAAAGCUGGAUAUCUGAAGUUGAUAAUGUCUCUGCAGAAGCAGAAACGUUUUUGGAAGAUGAAGGCAAUGUGAACAAGAUGUGCUUCAAAGGUUGGUGCAUUAAUGUCCGAUUGCGUUACCGGUUCAGCAAGGUGGCAAAGCAGAAGAUAACGGUGAUCACUCAGCUCCGAGAAGAUGGAAAAUUUCAAACUCUAUCUCAGCCUACUCCUCCUCCUUCAAGCAUUAUCUCUCCAACUGUGGGAUUUUCUCGAAUUUUUGAAUCCAGAGAAUCAAUCAAGAAUGAAAUUAUGGAGGCCUUGAAAGAUGACAAGGUCAGCAUAAUUGGAAUAUGUGGGAUGGGGGGUGUGGGUAAGACCACACUAGUGAAACAAGUUGGCAAACUAGCUGAAGAAGAAAAGUUGUAUAAUUCAGUAGUUAUGGUAGUUGUGUCUCAAACCCCAACUAUCAUGAAUAUUCAAAGAGAAAUUGCUUACAUGCUAGAUCUGAAAUCAUUACCUGAUUUUCCUGAAUCAACACGAGUAAGUUCCCUGUGGGAGAGAAUUAAGAAGGAGAAACGAAUCCUCAUAAUAUUGGAUGAUGUUUGGGGAAGAAUUAAAUUGGAGGAGAUUGGUAUUCCUUUUGGGAAGGACCAUAGAGGUUGUAAGAUCAUGCUUACCUCUCGAAGCAAAGAUGUGUGUGAUGAGAUGGAUUGUAACAAAAUAUCUAUUGUUGGAACUUUAUCAAAACAGGAAUCGUGGGAGCUAUUCAAGGAGGUUGUUGGAAUGGAUGUUGAAAAUUCUGUCAUGAGUCCAAUCGCAAGAGAAGUAGUCACCGAAUGUGAUGGAUUGCCAAUUGCAAUCGUGACAAUAGCAAGGGCAUUAAAAAACAAAAAUGAGCAUGUGUGGAUUGAUGCGGCACGACAACUAAAAACGUCUACUCCAACAGAUAUCCUAGGGAUGCAAGGAAGUGUGAUUUCAUCUUUGGAGUUGAGCAUCAAAUAUCUAGAAAGCGAGAAUGCAAAAUCAUUGUUCUUUUUUUGUAGCAUAUUUCCAGAGGAUUUUAAAAUCCCAAUUGAAGUUUUAGUUACAUAUGGAGUGGCUUUGAGGUGGUUCAAAAAUGUUGAGACAAUGAAGGAUGUUAGACACAAAGCACAUGCUGUUGUAAGUACCUUGACCUCUUCUUUUCUCUUGAUUUAUGAGAAAGAUCCCUACUCUAUGAAAGAGUAUGUAAAAUUGCAUGAUGUUGUACGCGAUGUUGCACAUAUAAUAGCACCUAAAUACAACCAAAUAUUCUUGGUCAAAGCUGACAUUGGUCUAAAAGAGUGGCCAAACAGAGAUACAUAUGAAGAUCUCACAUGUAUCUCAUUAAUGUCAAAUGAUAUUAAAGAAGUGUCAGAUGUGAUGGAAUGCCCAAAGUUACAGUCUUUACUAUUGCAAGGAAAUUCUAAAAUGAUUUUCCCUAACAAUUUCUUUCAAGGCAUGAAAGAUCUUAGAGUUUUAGACUUGAGUAAAACUCAAUUAUUGUCACUGCCAGAGUCACUUUCUUUGCUGGCAAAUCUUACAACAUUGUAUCUUAAUGGUUGCAAGUUAGGUGACCUAUCUAUUAUUGGGCAACUAAGUAAACUAGAAAUUCUUAGCCUUAAUAAUUCUAAUGUUAGGGAGAUCCCAAUAUCUUUCAGUCAAUUAAUUCAUUUGAGGUUAUUAGCUUUGAACAAUUGUAAGAAGCUUGCACAAAUAGCACGUGGUGUCAUAUCCUCUUUAUAUAAAUUAGAGGAGUUGUAUAUUUUAAAAAGUUUUAAGCAUUGGGAUUCGGAAGGAGGUGAGGGGGGUUUGAGAAGCAAUGCAAAGCUUGCUGAGUUACAAUCUUUGUCUAGAUUGACUAGCUUGCAAAUUGCUAUCCCAAACUUGGAUUUCUUAAUUGAUAAUGAUGUGCCGUUCAAAAACUUAUCAAACUUUGCAAUAAUAAUAGGUGGUGUAGAAGAUUUUGACAUAAACGUGUUUAGGCUUUCUUCAAAAGAAUAUUCAAGAAAAUUGUUGAUGUUAAAUGAUGAUAAGGUUUUGAUUUCAGGAUUGAUUAAUUGCCAAAAGAAUUUGGUAAUUGAACAAACGGAAUCUAUAGGAGUAGCCAAGUGUAAAUCAGUGGUAUAUAUAUUUGAUUGUGAAGUGCUUAAGGUGACAUAUGGAAAAACAAAGUUGCUUUCGUCAUUAAAGGAGCUAUAUUUGAUAAAUCUGCAAAACAUGACACAUAUAUGGAAAGAGUCUUAUUAG